AUGCAUGUCGAAUGCGAUUUGCGACAUGGAAGGAUCACCGUACCAAUGAAAAACAUAGUGACUUCAUUGGAUUUCCUGCUGUCCGCGUCGUUGUGCUCCUCCCAACUCGUAUUUGCUGUUGUCAAGACAAUAGCAAAAACGAUGGAUUCUCGUGUACUUUCAACUAACGACUGUUCAUUUGGUGAGCUGAUCGAUGACUUUAUGUGUGCGUUUUGGUUUCUCGCAUUUUGUGGUUGUAUAACAAGAAGGCGCUAUAUUAUCGUAUUCACAACAAUGGCAAUGUUCUACACUUUUGUACUUGCUUUUAAAUGGUCAACUGCAGCUUCUUACAGUUACUUCACUAAUACACCGUUGUCGUGCACCAGAGAAGUCCGCCAAACCUAUCCAAGAUGGUGCAAAAAUGCGGACGUGAUGUUCCUUGCAGCCAGCGUUGUCGCCAUUAUAAUUACGCUGGCCGCAUCAGUGCUCUCCGCACUGCGACUCUGGUCAGACGAGGACGACUUCGAAGAGGAUGAGGCGGAAGACUCUUUACUCGCGGAAACGACGAAAAGAACGAAAGGAACGAAAAUCAACGCUUUCAGAUACUCGAUCGAUCGCUACUGA